AUGUUUCUUUCUCGAUCUUUGAUCGAGGAAUUGGAUGAUCCACUUGGAUAUUUCGAGCAAAAGAUUGCUAAUCAAGUCAAGAAAAAUGAUCCAAAUUUAGCCAAAAUCAUAUUAGAAAAGGCCAUCCAUACUUAUAAACAUGAUCCCAGAUAUCAAAACAAUCCAAGAUACCUGAAGCUCUGGCUCAUUUACAUCUUUGAUCUUUCUCAGGACAAACGUAUUGCAACGCUUGAAUUGUUGAUAAAUCAUCGCAUUAGUCAUAAGCUAGCUUUACUUUACGAAGCUGUAGCACACGAACAAAUACAACAAAACAGACUCAAUGACGCACACGAUUCACUCCUGUUAGGUUUAAAAAAUAACGCAAUCCCCACUAAAAGAUUAAGAAGAGCAUAUGAACAGUUUAAAUCACUAAAUUGGAUUGAUUUUGACCAGUCCGAGUACACAUUACUUAACUAUUCUAAUGAAUAUAACAAUCAUGCCUUGAAUGAUCAACAUGAUGAUGACGACAACAAUGAUGAUGAGCAUCUGUUGCUUUAUGAUACCACCAGUUACUUUAUGGAUAACAAGAAUUUACUAUCUCAGUUGAACUGGUUACGUACUCAGCUGGAACAUUAUGCUCGUGCUUCAAUCCUACGUGAAAUUGAUUAUAGUGGACGGGAAAUUUCUGUAGAAGAGCUAAGAGUCAAACAUAACCCCGCCAUGAGAAUAAAACCAGCCUAUCGUCAUCAUCCUUUGAUAUUAACACAUAAGAAGCUACUUAAUCAACCAAAGCCAGCAACUCAGCCAAAACCAAUGACUCAAUCAAAUCCAAUCACGCAGUCCGCACAACAAAUAACCUCACUUGCACAUGUCUUUCGUCUUCAACCGCCUUCGCCAAGCCAUGAGAAACCCAGCUCUUCUGGCCAACAGCAAAAGUCCCUUUGUAAAACACCGCCAGUUCUAGAGCAGGAAAUACCACAAACAACAGCAUUUGAAGAAGAAUUACCGCUGACAGAUAUAAAGGUGGUGGUGUUACCACACAGUCCAGCCUUUGUUCAAGAGCAGAUCAACAAGACCAGCGCUCGUCAAUGUUCCAACUACCACGUUAUCAAAGAUACCGCCUUUCCCAUACACCGUGCGCUUUCCAGCUGGUUUAUUUAUGAUAAGAAAAAAAAUCUAUGGCGACCUAGUGCUAAAAAGGAGAAAGAGAGUUAUAUUACCCUCCGAAAUGAUCGUUACCUCGUUCUAGGUCAGUUGGGUGAAGGUGGUAUGGCUCAAGUGUAUUUGGUACAACACAAUCAAAAAUUUUAUGCUCUUAAAGUACAGCAGCCUCCAUGUCCUUGGGAAUAUUACAUUCAUCAUCAGAUGCGUCAAAGGCGUGUAUCUGGCCUUUGUUUAUUACCAAUUGUUCAAUACUAUUACUACAGCGAUACCAGCUUCUUACUCAUACCUUAUGUUCGUCAUGGUACCUUACUUGAGGCCUAUAACCAAUACACUGCCGUUCAAAAGGUCAUGCCCGAGCCCAUUGUCCUUUUGUUCACAGGCCAAUUUAUGCAGCAAGUUUUCUUGUUACACAAUAUCAACAUUGCUCAUAAUGACCUUAAGCUGGAUAAUAUCAUGCUCAUAACAAGGAGUGAAGGUGUCAUGCCAGCUGUUGUUCUGAUCGACUUUGGCUAUUCAGUUGAUAUGACCGUCAUCAAGGGCUCCAAGUGCAAAGCAACAUGGCCACCUGCUUGCCCUCAAUCUGGAUACCCCUUUCUCAAUACAGAAUAUAAUCCAAUUUACGCCGAUUACUGGGAAAUUGCUGCCGGUGCUCAUAGAUUGCUCUUUGGUGAACCGAUGCGAACGAUUCAAAGAGAAGGAAAAUUUGUGAUCAGACAAAAGAUCAAGCGGUAUUGGCAUGCCGAUCUUUGGUCAUCAUUCUUUGAGUUUUUGCUGAACCCACAUAAACUAUCUCAAAACAAUACCAAGAAGCUGUUGAGCGAAUUUAAAAAAGUGAAUGUUCCCAAUCAGCUUAUUAAUGAAUGCAUUCAGUUACUUUGCCGCUAA